ACCAACUUCCCUUUCCCUCGCGUUGGCACCUUAGAGUAGCAUUCCAGCAUGCACCUUUCAUCUCGUCCGUCCUGAAGUCUUUGGGGGUUCGCUUUUGGGGAAUCAGCAGCAGCGAGGUCCAGCUGCUUCGGCUUCAGAGACCUGCAAAUGCUUUUCCUUCACCUCACCCACUCAUGCGCUGCACCUCUUAAAAGCCCGCAGCCUCCUCUGCAGGCGCGCGAGGAGGACAGAUGCUCCGUCUUCUCAGUCUGCUUUCCCAAGCCUCCGUUGAAAAACAGUUGGCUGGAUCUCUGGAUAAUUCUGACCAGAACUUUAGUUUUAGCCCUGCUGCGGCAGUCUCUCGAAAGUUCUCUUUCACACGGUCUUCUUCGCUUCCGACCCCUCGUAAACCGGGUGGACGCUUUACCGUCUAGAGUGCAAGUGUUCGUUAGUGAGUUCUCUGUGAAUCCCUGAAUCGCUCAAAUUUGUGGGACUGCAACAGAUUGGAAGAAAACCGAGGUGUUCCAGGCAAGUGCAAGGAGUCCAAGGCAGACGCUGCUCUCGGGGUUUUCCCUGUUCAUCUCCUUGGGACACUCUUACUCAGAAACUGAGGAGACCGGAGUUGAGGAAACUAGCAGUUGGCCGAAGUUCUGAAGCCCAUUGGAAUAUUAAGCCCGGGAGUGGCUUUGGGGACGGCUGGAGGUGCCAUGUCUUCCAAAUUCUUCCUAAUGGCUUUGGCCACAUUUUUCUCCUUUGCCCAGGUUGUAAUAGAAGCUAAUUCUUGGUGGUCGCUAGGUAUGAAUAACCCUGUUCAGAUGUCAGAAGUAUAUAUCAUAGGUGCACAGCCUCUCUGCAGCCAACUGGCAGGACUUUCUCAAGGACAGAAAAAACUCUGCCACUUAUAUCAGGACCACAUGCAGUACAUUGGAGAAGGUGCGAAGACAGGCAUCAAAGAGUGCCAGUACCAGUUUCGACAUCGGAGAUGGAACUGCAGCACAGUGGACAACACCUCUGUCUUUGGCAGGGUGAUGCAAAUAGGCAGCCGAGAGACGGCCUUCACAUAUGCAGUGAGCGCAGCUGGGGUGGUGAAUGCCAUGAGCCGAGCCUGCCGGGAGGGCGAGCUGUCCACCUGUGGCUGCAGCCGUGCUGCUCGCCCCAAAGACCUGCCUCGGGACUGGCUGUGGGGCGGCUGCGGGGACAACAUCGACUAUGGCUACCGCUUCGCUAAGGAAUUCGUGGACGCACGAGAACGGGAACGAAUCCACGCCAAGGGCUCCUAUGAGAGCGCGCGCAUCCUCAUGAACCUGCACAACAAUGAAGCAGGCCGCAGGACAGUAUACAACCUGGCAGAUGUAGCCUGUAAGUGCCAUGGGGUGUCCGGCUCAUGUAGCCUCAAGACAUGCUGGCUGCAGCUGGCGGACUUCCGGAAGGUGGGCGAUGCCCUCAAGGAGAAGUAUGACAGCGCAGCAGCCAUGCGGCUGAACAGCCGGGGCAAGCUGGUGCAGGUCAACAGCCGUUUCAACUCCCCGACCACUCAGGACCUGGUCUACAUCGACCCGAGCCCAGACUACUGCGUGCGCAAUGAGAGCACGGGCUCGCUGGGCACACAGGGACGCCUGUGCAACAAGACCUCAGAGGGCAUGGACGGCUGUGAGCUCAUGUGCUGUGGUCGUGGCUAUGACCAGUUUAAGACGGUGCAGACCGAACGCUGUCAUUGCAAGUUUCACUGGUGCUGCUAUGUCAAAUGCAAGAAGUGCACGGAGAUUGUGGAUCAGUUCGUGUGCAAAUAGUGGUGUGCCUGCCCAUCACCCAGUCCCACUCCCAGGACCCACUUAUUUAUAGAAAGUACAGUGCUUCUGGUUCUUUUUAUUCCCCCACCCCUCAAGAAUUGCAGCUGGAACCAUGUAUAUUUUUUUUUCUUUUACCAUCUAAGAACUCUGUGGUUUAUUAUUAAUAUUAUAAUUAAUGUUUGGCAAUAGUGGGGGAAACUAAGAAAAAUAUUUAUUUUGCGGAUCUUUGCAAAGUUAGUACAAAACUUCUCUCUGAUGCUACAGGAUAAAGGGGAAAUAACACAUAUUUGAACUUAGCUGUGCAGUUGGGGCUCCCAUCUAAGAAGGUAUAGGAACCAUUUUCUCCUCAACUAUGGAGUUCUAUGGGAUGGGUGGUAUCCAGGUGAA